UCUCUCUCUCUUUCUCAUCUCUACCUCUCACCAUUUCUUCGAUCGUCGCACUCUCCCUCUAAAUUCCUGAGAUCUGAUCACUCUCCCACUCUCAAUUUCCUAUAGUCUGAUCUCUCUCUCUCUCUCUCUCUCUCUCUCCUGGAACAAUGGAAAAUGCGCUCGUUUCAAUCGUUAUGGAGAAACUUGGAAAGCCACUUGUUUCAAUGGCUAUGAAGAAACUUGAAAAAGAGGUGAGAUUAAUUGUUGGUGCCAAAGUAGAACUUACAAAGCUAUCUUCAACGUUCAAAUCCAUUCAAGCAGUUCUUAAUGAUGCAGAGAGAAAGCAAAUUACUGACAAAAGCGUGCGAGAUUGGUUAGAGAAGCUCAAAGAUGUGGCCUACGAUAUGGACGACGUGCUAGACGAGUUGAUUCUAUCAGCAGAAGAAACCGAACCAGGGACUGACGUCGGCAACCAUCCACGUUUUGGAAACCAGUUGUGGGCGUGCUUAUUUUCACUCUUUUCCUGCUGUGGUUUAGAAGAGUUGAUAAGGUUGGCCCAUGAAUCAAGGACAAAUGGCGACCAAACUGAUGAUGGUGGCAUCAGAGGUAGUGCGCUUGAUUUCCUGCCGACAUUUCUCAGUAAAGUCGAAUCACAGCGUGAUUUAGCUCAUCAGAUAAAAGAAAUAAAGGAGAGGUUAGAUCAGAUUGCAGAUGAAAAGAAUAAGUACGGUUUUAGGGAGAACAGUUCCGGUGGAGAAAAAAAGGAGAGGUUAAAUCAGACAAGUUUGCUCGUAGACAAAUCGAAGAUGUUUGGGAGGGAAGAAGACAUAAAUAUCUUAAUAAGCAAGUUGGUAAGCGGGAGCAGUUGUGAGGAGGAACGGAUUCAUGUCAUUUCGAUCGUAGGCAUUGGCGGUUUGGGGAAGACGACUCUUGCUCAAUUGAUCUGCAAUGAUGUGAAAGGGUGAAGAGCCAUUUCCAUAAGGUUCUAUGGGUUUGUGUUUCUGAUAAUUUUGAUGUCGUCAGGCUUACCAAAGCAAUUAUACAAGAUGCAGAACGGGAAAAUACUCCGCUUACUGAGCUAAACCCAUUGCAAAAUAAGCUUCUCGAGACAUUACAAGGAAAACGGUUCUUGCUUGUCCUUGAUGAUGUGUGGAACGAUAAUAGUGACAAGUGGGAUGAACUAUGGCUUUCCUUCCAAAGCGGUGCUCCUGGAAGUAAAAUUUUGGUCACCACCCGCAGCAAGAAGGUUGCAAAUACAUGCAUGCCGUCCGCUUGCAUGCAUGAAUUGAAAGCUUUAUCCGAUGAUGAUUGCUGGACACUGUUCAGUAGCAGAGCUUUCUCUGGGAGGAAAGUGGAAGACUGCCUGGAAAAGAUCGGAAGAGAGAUAGUCAAGAAGUGUAAAGGAGUGCCUCUUUCAGCAAAGGUAAUGGGAAGUGCGAUGCGUUCGAAGACGUCCACACAAGAUUGGCAGAAUAUCUUGGAAAGCCGAACAUGGGAAAUACCAGACAUCGCGAAUGGUAUCUUACCAGCUUUGUUGCUGAGCUAUUAUAAUCUGCCUCUCCAUUUGAAGCCGAGUUUUGCAUAUUGUUCAAUAUUUCCGAAAGAUCAUAAGAUGGAGAAGGAUAGAUUGGUUCAGUUGUGGUUAGCUCAGGGUUUCAUCAAGCCGCAGGGAAGAAGAGAGAUGGAAGCAAUUGGGGGAGAGUAAUUUGAUGAUCUACUGAGGCGGUCUUUGCUUCAAGAUGCGUAUGUAGAUAAGGAAGGAGUAACUACCUGUAAAAUGCACGAUCUGCUUCACGAUCUCAUCCAAUUCAUUAGAAAGAAUGAGUGUUGCAUCUUUGAGAAUGGGAAGACGGACACCUGUUACAGUCCGUCAUUCGUCAUUUAUUCCCACCUGGGAAACCUCACACAUUCCUGCCCCUCUAUGUCAUGCAAAAAAAUUGCGAACAUUACUCCAAAUCGGACCUUCGGUAAUUGAUACCAUCGCUAAUAAUUUAUUCCAAUGCACUAGGUCCCUUAGGGCAUUGGAUUUCGCUGCUUCUGGCUCCAGAAUUAAAGAGUUGCCAAACUCACUUGGGUUGCUGAAGAAUUUACGAUAUCUUGACUUGUCUUAUUCAGAGAUAGUUGAGUUGCCGGAAUCAGUGAGUAGUCUCCGCAAUUUGCAGACCUUGAAGUUGAAUUGGUGUGACUGCCUCGAAAGACUGCCAAGUGGGAUGAGUGCAAUGGUCCGCUUAAGACAUCUGGAAAUUGAAGGCACACGGGCACUGAAGUACUUACCGGAAGGGUUGGGGAGAAUAAGUUCCCUUCGAACGUUGAGUAGGUUUAUCGUGGGAGGCGAUGGAGGAUGUAAGAUUGGAGAGCUGAAGCGACUUGACUCUCUCCAAGGAAAGCUAGAAAUAGAACACUUGGAGAGAGUGGCGAGCGUGAAUGAGGCUAAGGAAGCACAACUGGAGAACAAGUUACAUAUUCGUGUGUUGACUCUUGAAAUGUCAGGAAAUGGUGACGUGGAGAGGAUGGAAAAUGUAGUUGAAGCCCUCCGGCCGCCACUUGCUAACCUAGAGCACUCGCAAAUUUGGGGAUACAUUGGUUACAAGUUCCCAACCUGGAUAGGAGAUUCAUCUUUCUCAAAUUUAGUCAGCUUGAAAUUAUUAUAUUGCGAUAUGUGUAUACAGAUGCCUGGGCUAGGGAGACUACCUUCGCUUAAAUACCUUGAAAUAGCGGCAGGUCUUGUAAAACGGGUGGGAAGUGAGUUUUACGGGAAUAGCAGUGGUGGGGGCAUAAACAUGGUGGCAUUCCCGAAGCUGGAAGAGAUCCAGUUCAAUUUCAUGUAUGAAUUGGAGGAUUGGGAGUUGAGAUUAGAAGAUGGAGAUAUAAUGCCGUCUCUACGCUCAUUAACAAUCGGAAAAUGCCCGAAAUUGAAGGCACUGCCGACACACCUCCCGAAAAGUCUAACGUCCCUCCAAAUCUAUAACAUGACGUGUCUCCCCUACGGAUGGAAACAAUUGGAGUCACUAAAGACUCUUACUAUCAGCUUUUGCUUUGAAUUGAGGUCUCUUCCUGAUGAUUUGGGACAGCUCAAGUCACUUAGGAGUCUGGUGAUCUCCUGCUGCCCUGAGUUUUGGUCAUUGCCUCAAGGGUUGCAAGGCCUUACCCAUCUCGAAAUCAAGGCCAGUCCAAUGCUGGAGAAGAGAUGCAGAGGGGAGGAUUGGGGCAACAUAUCACACAUCCCAAACAUCACGAUUGGUAACGAAAGAAUCAAAUGAGGCACUGAAGAUGAGAAGAUCCAUCAGGCAGACCAGGUUCAAAGAAUAUCACGGCCAACCAGAAGAAAAAGGAGAUAUGCUUUUAGAAUUCUUUGAAUAUCAAGCAUGGCAGAAAUGGUGGCUCAUCAUUGCAGCGACAUGUUGAGCAGAGGAAGGCAUUGAAGGAUUUCUGGUCAUUUGUUAAGCACACGGGAACACAAAUUUCUCAGGCCUGAUCACAAAGUGUGAGUAUUCAAUAUUAAAUUACAAGCUCUUAUUUGUGAUCCAUCAAAAGAAAUUGUGAGCGGUGAACAAACAUGUAUUCAGUAUUCUUCAUACUCAUGGCAUUUAUUAAAGAUACAGCUUGAGGUGAAGGAGUUAUGGAGCUCAAUGAAUGGAUUUCAUCAUAUGGUUUCAAAUGGUUCAGAAUCCAGCGAGGCAAUAGUUGAUAAGAUAAAGCUGGGAGAAGAAGGGUGGAAAGAAGGCAAUUGGGGGUAUGGUGAGGAGAGGUCCUGAUAGCGUAGCCUGGCAUAUGUGGUUAUACAUCUGGUAUUAUGAGAAGGGUUGAGGGAAAUUUUAAGGAAAGAUUACAAGAACUUGGAGGACUUGAUGCAGUCUUUGAUUUUGCUGUAAGUUGCCACUCUGUUAUGGAGUAGAUGUAUGAGGAAACCAGUCAAGUGGAAAAUGAUGCAGUUGGUGGUAUUCGGACAAUUGCAUCUUUUUGUGGAGAAUAGAAGGUAAUGGAUCUUUACCAAGAGAAAUGCGAGGUCCCAAUGAAGCAUGGAGUCCGACAAGGAAUUGUAAGUGGCAUAGGCUUCGGCUUCUAUUUCUUCGUGGUCUUCUGCACCAACACCCUCAUUUUCUAUGCCGGUGCUCAUCUUGUACAAGAUGGGAAGACAACAUUUUCCAGAGUUUUCAGGGUUUUCUUUGCUUUGAUAAUGGCAGCAUUUGGAGUCUCAUAGACCAGCGCAAUAGCUCCAGAUGCAACCAUUCACUUUUAAAUGUAGGACUGCCAUGUAAAAAUAAAUAAAUAAAUCAGUGUUUUACUAGUUUAAUGGGGCCUUUUAUUUUUUAUAUGGGAAGCAUGUUUCCUGCUCAAGUUUGUAAGUUAAAAAAUUAACUUUAUAUGGAUUGAUGUGUUUAUAUUGGUGAGUCCAAUCUGUAUUACUUACUAAUGGUAUGAAUAAAGACUUUGUUAUUUUGGCCA